AUGAGGCUCAUUCCGAGGGCGGCGCUGAUCGCCGCUCUUCUCCUCAUUGCCGUCACCGAGCAAUCGCAUCGGCGCAGCCAUAGGCAGACUUAUCAAGACAUUGACGAUGACGAUGAUGGUCAGGAUGUCGACAUUCAGAUCACCGUGUUCCCGUCGGAAAAAGAGGUGCGCGAUGGUCGCGACGUCUCGUUCGAUUGUCGCGCGCGAACCGCCGACAAUUCGGUCUAUCCGGGUGUGAGAUGGGCGCGCGUUGGCGGACCCCUUCCGCCAUCGGCUCAUGAUUCCGGCGGCCGUCUCACCAUCAAUCCGGUCUCGCUGAGCGACGCCGGCACCUACAUUUGUGUGGCGACACACAACGGACAGACGGCUGAAGCGCGCGCCGUUCUGACGGUCGUCUCAUUCGGACCGCAAGACCAUCACGGCGUCGGGCACAGCCGCACCGGCUCGUGCGCGCACGACGAGAUGAUGUGCGCGAAUCAGGAAUGCAUCAAAUCGGACUACAAGUGCGACGGCGAGCCGGAUUGUCGCGACGGCUCCGACGAGCACAAUUGUCCAUCGUUGUCGAGAUCGUGCGAGCCGAACGAGUUCAAAUGCAACAACAACAAGUGCGUUCAGAAGAUGUGGCUUUGCGACGGCGACGACGAUUGCGGAGACAAUUCCGACGAGCUGAAUUGCAGCGCCAAAAAGGCGAUCGGCACGUGCAAGCCAACCGAAUUCCAAUGUCACGAUCGUCGACAAUGCGUGCCGUCAUCGUUCCAUUGCGACGGCACCAACGAUUGUCACGACGGUUCGGACGAGGUCGGAUGUGUGCAGCCGACGGUCGUCGAGCCGCCGCAAACCAAUCUUCAAGUGCCGCGCGGGACGACGUUCUCGCUCACGUGCAAAUCGGUCGCCGUUCCCGAGCCGUACAUCAAUUGGCGAUUGAAUUGGGGACCGGUGUGCGAGCCGCCGCGAUGCCUUCAGACGUCUGAAGGCGGUUUCGGAACACUCACGAUUCACAACGCGCAACCAAUCGAUCAGGGAGCCUACACAUGCGAGGCGAUCAACGUGAAGGGACGUGUGCUCGCCACGCCGGAUUGCAUUGUGCGCGUUGUCGAUGAGCCGCGACCGCCGCCGCCGCCAACGGCGCCGCCACAGCGCGCCACGUGCAACCCGCACGGAUCGGUGUCGCCGUAUCCGAACCAUUACGGUACGUGCGAUUGUAAGCCGCAAGUCACCGGCCCGAAUUGCGAUCAAUGCAAACCGGGCGCGUUCCAUUUGUCCGAGAAGAGUCCGGAGGGAUGCCUCAAGUGCUUCUGCUUCGGAAUCACCAAUCAGUGUCGAUCCAGCGGCUACUACCGAACCAAGGACGCUGCUUGUGACCGCCUCAUGUUCGCCGGCGACGCCGAAGGCGUCACCGUGUCCGACAUGGAAGAGCGCGCCGUCGAUCGCAACGCGCAAUUCUCGUUCGUCAAGACCGGCUAUCUGACAUUGGACGGUAACACCGAUGGCGCGGCGAAAUAUUGGCGCCUUCCGCAGCGAUUCCUCGGCGACAAGGUCACCUCGUACGGCGGCAAAAUGGAGUUCGAGAUCGAGUUCACCGGAAGCGGACCGCUCAGCAAUGAGCCGAUGGUGGUGCUCAAAGGCAAUCAGAACAUCUUGGUGCAUCGUGUCCGCAAACAGGAGCACGUUCUUCGAAGCGACAGCCCGGUUCGAAUCACUGUUGAGACUUAUGAGACCAAUUAUGAGCAACUCAAUGGAUCGCCAGCAACCCGCGAGGAUCUCCUCAUGGUUCUUGCCGAUCUCGACGCGUUCCUGAUUCGUGCCACUCACGCCUCGCAGCAGACGUCGUCGAGCCUCGGCGACGUCGCCUGGGAGAUCGCCGUCGAUCGUCACACACCCGACGGUCUUGCUCUGGAGGUUGAGCUCUGCUCGUGCCCACCGGGAUACAUCGGCACCUCGUGCGAGGACUGCGCGCCAGGCUACGAGAGAAGCGGCAACGGACCAUACUUGGGAUAUUGUGUUCCAGUUCAGCAGCCGAUGCAGACGUGCGGACCAGGAGCUGUUCAGGGCGGUGGCCGCGGAGGGCAAUGCCAAUGCAAGGCGUCGGUCGUCGGGCCGAACUGCGACCGAUGCGCGCCCAACUCGUUCGGACUCUCGCCGGCGAAUCCGCAAGGCUGCAUUCCGUGCUUCUGCUCGGGCGUCACCCAACAGUGUUCGGCGAGCAACUACAAACGCACCACCGUCAGCAUCGAUUACGCGCGCGGCGAUCGCGAUCAACUCGAGAUCACCACCGCCGACACGCGAAGCCCCUACACGCCGUCAACGCAGGCGUACGUGAGCGGUCGCGAGAUUCAAUUCACCGGCUUCAACGAGGCUCGCGGGCAGACACUCUACUGGAAGCUUCCGCAGAAGUUCCUCGACAACAAGGUGACCGCCUAUGGUGGUACAUUGAAGUACACGGUGCGAUUCACCGGAUCCGGAAAUCCAGAUAGCGCCGCCGAUGUCAUCCUCAAGGGCAAUGAUAUCGUACUUCACUACAAACAUCGUGAGCCACUUCACGCUGAUCGUGAGAACAGCAUCGAGAUCAAACUCUUCGAGAACAAUUGGCAGCGAAUUGAUGGCCAGCAGGCGACACGCGAACAUCUUCUCAUGGCUCUCUCCGAUCUCGACACCAUUCUCAUCAAGUCGACCUAUCUUGACAAUUGCGACGAGUCGAACCUUGUCGCGGUGAGCUUCGAGUACGCCGAGCCCUACGGGCAGGGACUCACCGCCGCCGAGGUUGAGCAGUGCGUCUGCCCGCCGGGCUACGUCGGCACCUCGUGCGAGGAUUGCGCGCCGGGCUACUCGCGCACCGGCGGCGGCCUCUAUUUGGGAUUGUGCGAGAAGUGCGAAUGUCACGGGCACGCGAGCCAAUGCGACAAAGAGUACGGCUAUUGUCUCGAUUGCCAACACAACACCGAAGGCGAUCAGUGCGAACGCUGCAAGCCGGGAUUCGUUGGAGACGCGCGUCGCGGCACACCGCAAGAUUGUCAGCCGGCGGCGACGCGCGCGCCGUGCCACUGCAACAAUCAUUCGCCGCGCGGUUGCGACUCGUUCGGACGCUGCUUGCUGUGCGAGCACAACACCGAAGGAACGCACUGCGAGCGAUGCAAGAAGGGCUUCUACGGCGACGCCACCAAAGGAACGCCGUUCGAUUGCACACCGUGCCCGUGUCCGGGCGCUUCCGACUGCUAUCUUGACUCCGAUGGUCAAGUGUCUUGCCGAAUGUGCCCCGCCGGUCUUCAAGGACGUCUCUGCAAUGAAUGCGCGCCGGGAUACACGCGAUCGAACAAGCCGGCUGGACGCGUGUGCGAGCCGAUCGGAUCGGUCAACACCAACGACAUCACAUUCGUCCAUCCGAAAGAAGCGUUGCGGGUCCGCAUCCUCGAGCCGAAGCGGCAAAUUGUGCAUCCUGGCGAUCGCGUCCACUGGAUUUGUCAAGUGUUCGGCUACACGACCGAACCGAUUCACGUCGAAUGGUCGAAGGUCGGCGAGCCGAGUUUGCCGUCGAACGCGCGCGUCCACGACGGCUAUUUGGAGAUUGACGAUGUGCAAUCGCGACAAGCCGGACAGUAUCGAUGCACCGCUUCAACGAUAACACAAAUCGCCGCCGAUGACGCUUUAUUGACGAUUAGUCGACGGACAAGCGGACGCCCACCACAGCCGGUCACCGAUCCGCCCCAUCUCGUUGUCAAUGAGGGCGAGCCGGCGUCGUUCCGUUGCUGGGUGCCGGGAAUUCCGGAUUGCCAAAUCACGUGGCAUCGCGAUCAGCUCGGCGGCACACUGCCCUAUGGUGUCUACCAGACGGGAAACGCGUUGAAGAUACCGCAAUCCGAAAUGCAUCAUGCUGGAAGGUACAUCUGCUCGGCUGCCAAUCAAUAUGGCAUCGGGCAAUCGCCGCCGGCGAUUCUCGAAGUUAAGAGACCUGCCAUGCCGCCCAAAGUUGAUCCAGUCCGUCAGACGGUUGAUCGUGGACAGCCAGCGAGAUUCAAGUGUUGGGUUCCAGGCAACUCGAACGUGCAGCUUCGAUGGACGAGACCUGGUGGCGCUCCACUUCCGCCAGGUGUUCAGGAGCAGCAAGGAAUAUUGAACAUCCCAAGAACCAGCGAGCACGAGAUCGGACAGUACGUGUGCACGGCCACCGAUCCAAGAGACAACAUUCCGCAACAAUCGGAGCCGGUUCAAUUGGAUAUUCGUGAUCCACCGCAGCCACGAGCCGCACCACAAAUCGAUCCGCCAGUUCAGACCGUCAAUGUCAACGAUCCAGCGCAAUUCCGUUGCUGGGUUCCAGGAGAGCCGCACGCGAGCCUAAAAUGGUCUCGACGCGACGGACAACCCCUACCGCAAGGCAUUUUGGAGCGCGACGGCUUCUUGAGAAUCGAUCGAGCCCAAUUGAACGAUGCUGGAGAUUAUGAAUGCACCGCGACGGAUCCCGAUGGCAAUCCACAAAAGGCUCCACCGGCGAGACUCAACGUCAAUCAGCCACAACCUCUCGACGUCCAAGUCGAUCCGCCGACGCAGACCGUCAACGAGGGCGAACCGUCGCGAAUCCGUUGCUGGGUGCCCGGACAUCCCAACAUUCAGCUUCAAUGGCACAAAAGGGAUCGCCGACCGAUUCCAACGUACGCGCGUGUCGCCGGCGGUGUUCUCGACAUUCCGCGAACCGAGAAGGCCGAUGAGGACGACUAUGUGUGCACCGCCACCGAUCCACACACUCAGCGGCCCGUCGAAUCGCGACCAGCUCGAAUCAACGUCAAAUCCGCAUUCCGUCCGAUUAUUGAGCCGCGCGAGCAGACGGUGCCCGAAGGUGAGCCAUUCAGCCUUCGCUGUCACGUUCCCGGCCACACCAACAUUCCGUUGCACUUCAAACGCGCGCGCGGCGAGCUCAACGAUGAUUCCGACGAGAGCAAUGGAUUGUUCUCGGUGUAUCGCGCCGAGCUCACCGACGACGGCGACUACAUUUGCACGGCGCGCGAUCUCGCCACCGGCGAGCUCAUCGAUUCCGAGCCGGCUAGUGUUCACGUCACACCGCCCAACACGAUACCAACACUCGAGUCGCACGAUCUCACGCCCGUAAUCACUCCACCAUCGCAGACAGUGAAGGAGGGCAAUCCGGCGCGAAUCAACUGCGAGAUUCCCGGCCGUCCCGACGCCGUCCAAUAUCUCGAGUUUGGUCGCGCCGACGAGAAGCCACUUCCGUUCGGAUCAAGCGAUCGCGGCGGUGUCCUCUACAUCGAAGCGGCGAGACGCGACGACGCCGGCGCCUACAUUUGCGUCUAUCGGCCGCCCGGAGGCCGUCCACCAAAACGAACCGCUAAUAGUGUGUUGCACGUGCUCCCUGGCGGCACCCCACCACGUCCAGUUGCCACACCACCACUUCUCCAGGUCGCGCCCGAAGCACCAGCACGUUUCCAUUGCGAGCCGCACUCGGCGACGCCGGCGCGCGUCACAUGGACACGCGCCGACGAUGAGGAGCUGCCGGAGGGCGCCGUGCCCGACGGCGACGAUCUCAUCAUCGCCGCCGCCUCGCCGGCGACGAUUGGCGACUACAAGUGUUUGGCGACGAAUGAGUACGGCACCGGCACCUCCGAGCCGGUUCGACUUGAAAUCACCGAUGACCAAGAGCCGCCAACCGCCAUGGUUCAGCCGAGAGUCUGGAACGGACAACCGGGCGAUCGACACCAAUUCGAGUGCAUCGUCACCGGGACACCUACUCCAAAAAUUACAUGGGCUGGACCCAAUGGAUCACCUCUACCACACGACGUUACACCGCUUGAGCCGAAUCUUCUCGACUUCUCCAACGGACGCUCGGAGCUCAACGGAGACUACACUUGCACGGCUACGAAUCCUGUUGGCACAGCAAGCGAUCACGGAACCGUCAACAUCGGACCAUCGUUGAUUGUCAAGACCGAUCCGCCGGGUCCGAGUUUGAUUGUCACCGUCGGCGAGCCGCUUCAAGUCAAAUGCGAGGCGUUCGGCGCGCCCGGCGAUCCGGAGCCCGAAGUCGAAUGGCUUCACGAUCCGGGACCGGAGCGCGGCGAUCUGCCCGACGAUUUCAAGCCGGUGACAAUCUCCGAGCAAUUCAUUCGCCAUCCGUCCGUCGGCCUCGGCAACGCCGGCGUCUACACGUGCAAAGGCUCGAGCAACUUCGCCACCGCCACCAAGAACAUCUACAUCGAGGUCGUCGAGCCGUCGCGAAUCGCGACCGUCUCGAUUCUCGGCGGCUCGUCGCAAUCGUUCGAUCAGGGCGAGAAGGGCGAGCUCAUCUGCACCGCCACCGGCAGCCAAUUGGUCGAUCGAUUAGAAUGGGAGAAGGUCAACGAUCAACUUCCAACCGACGUCGAGGAGCACAACGAACAAGGUGUCCUACACUUCCCAAGCUUCAAGAAUUCCUAUGCUGGCGAAUACAAGUGCAAUGGAUAUCGCAACAAUGAGAUCAUUGCGUCGGCAACGGUUAGCGUCCACUCAUCCGCCGAGCCAGUCGACGAGCCACGCGUCGACAUCGAGCCGCCGCGCGUUCGCGUCGUCUCUCAAGGCGAAUCCAUCGUUCUCAAAUGCUCAGUUGAAGAUAAUCAUACGCGUGUCCUUUGGUGGCGCUCAAGAGACGAUCUCAUCUCGUUCACUAACGUCGCUAACACACCGAGCUUGCACAUCAAACACGCCGACAUUUGCGAUCGCGGCUUCUACUAUUGUACGCUCGAGGACACGAAUUACGAAAUCGGCACGAGUCCUCACAUUGUGAUCAUCGAGCAGAACGGUCCGAGAGGCGCUGAAAAUGGCGAACACUUCAAGUGGGCUUUGUUGCGCGGCGGAAGUCUUGUCCGCCAACUUGGCACCGAGCCAACUCUUGAGAUCGACAAGGCCGAUCCAUCCAAUGACUUUGGUGUCUACAGAUGCAAUGUUGAGGAUAACAAUGGAUUGGUUAUUGGAAGCGCUUUCACAGCGGUGUCUGUUGGACACCUCGAUAAGACGCACGCGCAAAUCGUGAAGUUCGAUGACAAAUCGGAUGCCUCGUUCACUUGUCCGGUUUAUUCGGUGCCUGGAUCCAAGGUUGAUUGGAGCUACGAGGGUGGAGAUCUUCCAUCGAACGCGAUUCCAAAUGGAAAUAAAAUUGAAAUCAAAAACUUCGACGACACAUCGGCCGGUCUUUAUUCGUGCAAGGUGUCGUUCGAAGGAAACGUCAUCGAAGGAUUCGUGAACGCCCAAAUUUUCGUGCCUGACACCAUCAUCCAGGUUCUUCUCGAAUCGUCCACACAAAAUCCGCAGGUCGGCGAGCGAGCAUGGUUCGACUGCAAGGUCACCGGCGAUCCGAGCGCCGUCAUCUCGUGGGUUAAAGAAGGAUCCGAAGAAUUGCCGGCGAACGCGCAGGUCACUGGCGGACGCCUUCUCUUCACCGACUUGACCGAUGACGAUGGAGGAGUGUAUCGAUGCAUUGCCAAAACGAAAGCGGGACCACUUCAGACGAGAACCGUGCUGAACGUCGGCAGCGGAAAACGCAAGCGAAAGCAUCUCGGGCACCGAAGGGGUCGCCGUCUUCGUCAUCGGCGACGCAACGCGCAGGCCCUCGGCCGACAGCAAUUCCGUAUCGGCGCACCACUUCCUGUCGUUUACACUGUUGGCGACGAAGCUUACCUCGCGUGUCCUGUGGAUGCAACGCUCGUCGAACCGAAAACGUCGGUGACGUGGUCGAGAGACAACGGAAGCCUUCCCGAAGGCGCUCGGGUUAGCCAAGGAGUGCUGAGCUUCAGCAAGAUUCAUCGAAGUGAUGAAGGCCAAUAUGAAUGCAAGAUUGAUGUGAAGAAUGAGGAUGUCGAUGAGGAGCCAUUCAUAUCGAAGGUCGAUCUUCAAGUCGAUGAUUUUAUUCCAAAAAUCAAUGGAGAUCCUAUCGAAUUGCCACCACUGGAUGAUCAUGAACUCCGCAAUUUCGACAUUCAAAUAACACUGAACAGCUCACAAACCCAAGGAGUCAUUUUCAAUACGCGUCGAUUGAAGUCUGGCGAUUUGCUCGAGCCGCCAAAAAGCGAAGUGCUUCAUGAGGCUCGAAUCACACCGCGCGGCACGAUUGUCUAUCAAUACGACGUUGGGCACGGCGUAGAGAUCGUCGAAACGCCGACAACGUUGAAGCCAAUGGAAUGGAACGUGGUGCGGAUUCGCAACGAACCCACCGGCGUCGUCGUCAAACUCAACGAUGAUGUCGAGGUGGUGAGGCAACACCAAUACCCGUUGCCCAGUCUGAGUGUCGGCGUGAACACGCCGUUGUACAUUGGCGGAAAAAUCGAUCCGGAGAAGUUUGAGGACGACUUCAACGGUGUCAUCAGUCAAGUGAAAUUGAACGGCGAGAAUGUCGGUCUGGGCGACGCCAAAAUUCCGGCAAGUGUUCGAAAGUUCGACGUUUGCGCAAUGACGUCGCCGUGCCUCAAUGGCGCCAAGUGUAGAAACUCGAAUUCGGUCGAGGAGGGCUUCACGUGCGAAUGCGAUUCGAGAUUCCAUGGAGCGACAUGUCAAUGGCGAUCGUCAAGGUGUCACGAUGAAUUCUGCAACACCGGCAUGUGUAUUGACAAUGAGGAAAGUUGGCAAUGCGUAUGCCCGAUUGGCACCACUGGAUUGAGAUGCGAGGAGACUAUUGAAGUCAGAAAGCCUCUUGGAUUCUCCUCCGAGACAUCGUUCGUCGCCGUCAAGAAGCCGGUCAAGUUCGAAUCGAUUAAACUCAAACUCAAGCCUCGCGGUGACGCCGAUGAGCAUGUUCUCAUGUACUUUGCUUCGGACUACUCGCCAGCCGCCAAGCAGUUCGCAUCAAUUUCGCUAGUUGAGAAUCAAGUGGUGUUGACGGUCAGACAUCCGGAAAAGGAUGUGCAACGGAUUCGAAGCGAGCCGAUUGCUCAAGGGGCGAUGCUCGACAUUUCGGUGGCUCAAAUUGAUGAGCAAAUGGUGCUAAAUGUUAAUGGACAAGAGGUUUCUGCGAUUGAUACUUCCGGCGUUUGUCUAGGCACUGAAAUCUUCGUCGGCGGUCUUCCGCCAGGCAUCAGCGGACCCGUCGAGGUUGUUGAGCAACCAUUCCACGGAUGCCUCUACGAGCUCAUCGUCAAUUCCGAAGACGUCGACGUCAAAAAUUUGAUGUCUUCUGGUGAUAUCUCGAAUUGCGAUGAGUUGCCAACGAUAGAAUCGGUGACGGAGAAUCCGAAUCCGGAGCCGGAAUUCGAGUCGCUGACGACAAUGGAACCACAUUGGGACACUACAUUAACAUCGGAAGAAGAUUAUAAUUUCUAUCAUACGUUUAAGGAUUUGGUGCCAAUCGAGAUUAUUCCCGAAAGCACGUUAUCACCACCACUGACUACGCCGAUGACCACCACCACCACCACCACUACGACAUCUACAACCACGACCACCACCACCAUGAGAACGCCAAUCGAUCCGGAGGUUAUUGAACGCGAUCCGGAUCUUCCGGUACUCCUACCAACUGAAGCUGUCGAUAUUCCCGAUAUCGGCGAGGAUGCGAAUCUCGAGGAUGUCUCAUCGGUGUGCAACAGCACAGUUUGCGGACACAACGGCGUAUGUGUGCCGCAGAACAAGACGCACUUUGAAUGCCGCUGCAAACUUUAUUAUGAUGGUCCCACUUGUAGUUUGUUCAAACCUAUCGAGCAUGCGGCAAGAUUCGAUGGUGACGCAUUCAUCGAACUCUCAUCUGAUGAGUUCCCACAUCUGACGUCCGAGAAGGACGAGAUCAUUGCGUUCAAGUUCAAGACGACCGCCCAGAAUGGGGUCCUAUUAUGGCAAGGUCAACGUCCUACAGUAUCACAAAUGGAAGAUUAUAUUUCUGUGGGAAUUGUGAAUGGCUAUCUCCAUUAUUCGUAUGAAUUGGGAGGCGGAGCUGCUCAUCUAGUAUCCUCUGAUGUCGUUAAUGAUGGAAAAGUGCACUAUGCGAGAUUUGAGAGACGCGGUCGGCGAGGCCUUCUCAAGGUCGACAACUUCGAGGAGAUCAACGGAAUGAGCACCGGCAUACUGGCGAUGCUCAACGUCGACGGCAACAUAUUUAUUGGCGGCGUUCCCGAGAUAAGUCGAUCGACCGGCGGAUUGUUCUCGCGCAAUUUCGUCGGUUGUGUCGCCGAUGUCGAGCUGAACGGCGUCAAACUCGAUCUGAUGGCAACCGCGAUCGAUGGCAAAAACGUGAAGCCGUGCGAUGAGUGGAUGCAUCGAAAGCGAUGGUUGUAUAGGCGAAGGUACUGCGAGUAG